AUGAUGAUCUCUUUUGUUUUUUUGUUCAUUGUAGUAAUUCCCAAUAUUCCAGCCACUGCUCGAUGGGCACAGAAUGGUGUGACUGUUGCUGGAGGCCAUGGAAAAGGCAGUGCCACCAAUCAACUCAACGGGCAUGAUGGUCUCUUCGUUGAUGAUGAUCAAACGAUUGUCAUUGCUGAUGGCAAUCAUCGUAUCAUCCAAUGGAAGAUGGGUGAUACGAAUGGACAAGUCGUAGCUGGUGGCAAUGGCCAAGGAUAUGAAUUGGAUCAAUUGUGGGGUCCAACCGAUGUUUUGAUCGACAAAGAGACAGAUAGUCUCAUUAUUUGCGAUACUGGACGAGUUGUACGAUGGUCUCGUCGUAGUGGCACAACUCAAGGAGAAAUCCUCAUCGGCAACAUCAAUCCUUACGGAGUGGCCAUGGAUGAUCAGAGAUAUCUCUACAUCUCUGACUGCGUCAAACAUGAAGUAAGACGAUAUCAAAUAGGAGACAAGAAUGGAACUAUUGUGGCUGGUGGCAAUGGCUGUGGUGCUGGUCUCAAUCAACUCGACUUUCCGACCUACAUCUUUGUCGACCAACAACAGACUAUCUACGUGUCAGACUACAGCAAUUAUCGUGUAAUGAAAUGGAAUAAAGGUGCAAAAGAAGGAAUUGUCGUCGCUGGAGGUCAACGCAAAAGCAAUGCUCUGACACGAUUGUUAUUACCUAGGGGACUUAAUCAAACAACAAUACCAUUAGAUUCUUCAUUAUUAUUGUUUUCACCAUCAACACAUGAUAAUAGUCCAUUACUUGAUCCAUUAUUAAAUCCAACUAUUAAACGAAAAUAUGAAAAUAAACAUUCAUAUAUAAAUGAGAAGAAUAAUACUACAUCAAUUUCAAAACGUUUUCAUAAUAGUGCACAUGACAAUGAGAAUGUUAUAGAUGACAAUAUUGUUAUAGACAACUAUAUAUUAACAUAG